GUAACUGAAAAACCAGACUUUUCUGAAUCUGUGAUAAUCCAACAAAUCCAAUGGCUUCAAAGCUUCUUCUCAACCUCAGAUAUUGACUCCUAAAGAACCCACAUCCAUGGCUGCCCUUCAAGCUUCAUAUCUAUCUUCAUUCAACUCCAUUUCCCCCAAAAAGCCAACCCUUUUCUCCUCCACAAACGCCGGCAGUAAAGCUCACCCUUUUAAGCCAUUCAAACUCACCUUCUCUUUGAACUCAGCCAACGAUGAAUCUCAAUCUCCACAACCCAUUUCACCAAAUUCACCGGACACAUCAUCCGAACCCAAACCGGCUCCUGUUGAUCCAGUAAAGCUGGCAUUUGCCAAAGCCAUGAAGUACAAGAAGUCGACUCAAUCGACCCCAAAUUUGAAAAUUGAGCAAAACCCAGUUAAAGAGUUUGGUAGUGCUAAUGAUGUGACUGAGAAAUUGCCUGAUUCAGGAUUGAAGGAAAAUGGGGCAAAUUCUAGUACAGGGACUGUGGAGAAGAAAGCUGGCGAGAAAGGAAAGCUUUCAGUUUCAAGCCUUGAUUUUGUGGGGCUUAACUUUGCUGAUAAGAAGACAGGCAGGGGACUUCCAGCUGGGUUGGCUCCAAUGUCAGACCCUUUUCCAGAAGGUGACAUUCCUGAGGUGGAGUUUAUUGUUGGAGACUCCAGCAAGUUCACUGAUGCAAACUCAUCAAAUCCUAAGGCUCAAGGAGACAAGUCUGAUGUUUACAAGCCAAAGGUAUCUUCCUGGGGAGUAUUUCCUAGGCCUAGCAACAUUUCGAAAACGUUUGGUGGUGGGCGAGUGAUUAAUCCCGAAGAAGCGCUUGAAACAGCUGAAGAGAAAGCGGCUAAAGAUGCGCGUACAAAGGAAUUGAUUGCUGCUUAUAAGAGGCAAUUCGGGUUGAAUAUUGAUGCAAAGCUCAAAGCUGAGUGUGAGGAGGCUUUGAAUGAUGGUGACUCAUUGAUGAAUACUGGACAGCUCAAGGAAGCAUUACCCUAUUAUGAAAAAAUUAUGGAGAAGUUGCCAUUCAAGAGUGAACUCUAUGGAUUAGCAGCUCUGCAGUGGUCUAUUUGUGAAGAUUCCCUAGGAAGGCGAAAUGAAGCUCGAGUAAUGUACGAGAAGCUUCAAUCUCACCCAACUGCUCGAGUAAGCAAGAAGGCGAGGCAAUUCACUUUCAGCUUCCAGGCCAUGGAAAUGAUGAAGUUCACAACAAGCUCACCUUAUUUGAAGAACACUGGUUACCAGAAUUACUUUGAAGCCUUUGUUGAAAAAAAAUCUAACUACCCAAUAAAGGAGGUUGAGGAUGAAACCAGAGUUCACGUCGGUCCACUCCUCGGCAAAGCUCACUCACGUCGUCGGUCCUUUGGUUCUCCAGUCCAGCUCCAGCUCCUCGGCGUCGUCGGCAAAGCUCCACCAGCAGGCGAAGCUCAGACGAAGCUCCUCGGCGGCGCGAAGUUGCUGCUCCAGGCAUUGACAGUAUAAAUCAGAUCCUCUCGCCUGCUGGUGGAGCUUUGCCGAGGAGUGGACCGACGUAAACUCUAGUCUGGAGUGUUGGUGGUGCAAUCGGAGAGAAGAGAAGGCAAGGCAAGCAAGGGGUAAUGUCUAAUGUGUUUAUCUGUUACGUAUGUAAUAUGUAUUAUAUUUUUAGGGUUUAGUUUACGUUAGGUAGUCGAGCGGGUUGGGUAGUAUGGGAUAGGAAUAUAUUGGGCCGUGGCCAACCCAAUUAAAUCCGGGUUGUAAUAUUAAUUGACCGAAUGGGCUUCGACUUGCAAUUGUUAGGCUUGGUCGGCCCAUUUUCGGAUUGGGUUGUCCAAUCUCAAAACUGCCCAGCCCUAAUCACAAUAAGCCAUUCCAUCUUUUGAUAUUUUCCAAAAUUUAUAAAAA